CGGUAGACGACAACGACGCCGAACUCUGAUUCAACACUAACAUCAAAAAAUAUAAAUGAAAACAAUUAUUAUAUUCUAUUGAUUGAUGAGAGUUUUAUGUUCUUAAACACAGAAAUACACAAGUUAUGUCAGAAUACUGGAAAUCACAACCAAGAAAAUUCUGUGCGUUUUGCAAAUGCUGGAUUACUGACAACAAACCGAGUGUUGAUUUUCACGAAAAAGGCAAAAGACAUCAAGAAAAUGUUAAACUCAAAAUUGAAGAGGCUAAGAAGAAAGGAGUUGAAGCAGAAAAGAAAAAACAAAAAGACAAUGCAUAUCUCAACAAAAUGGAAAAAGCAGCCAUGGAGGCAUUCAAGAGAGACCUAGAAGACAACCCUGAACUUGCAAAACAAUACAAUGUGAAAGUACCGCUGGUGGAAGAAGGGCCCCAGCUACCAGAAGGGUUCAUCCCUAAGCCAGAGCCCCUAGAAGGGAGUGAAGAAAAGGGAGACUCUGGGGCAGAGGGGGAGUGGUAUGAGGCCCUUUCUGACAUGGGAUACCCAUACUACUGGAACACUGUCACCGGGGCAUCAAUUUGGGUAGCCCCAGAAAACUAUGUCUCAUUGGCGGACCAGGGUCUUGCUCCACCCAGAAAAGAUAAAUCAACCAAUGAAAGCUCAGAACUCACCCAAGAGCCUUCCAAGCCAGAGGAGAUUCCACUACCUCCGGGACCAGAGAGUAUUCCUCUGCCUGGGGAAUGUCCGUCCCAGCCGGAGUUCCCUGCCCCUGACGAGAGUGAAGACUCAGGGGAUGAGGCUCAAGACAGAAAUGCUCGGGGCGUGUAUGGAACAUGGGCCCGUGUACAGAAACAACAAGUUAUUGAUCUUCAGUUACCACAGAUAAAAGAAGUAGAGUGUUUACAAAUACCAGUGCCUAAUGAAGAGAAAGUGAAAUUCAAGGAAAAGCGUGUUACCUCCUUGGGCCCUAGCAAAGGCGGACCUGUUGCAUUUAAAAAAAGAAAGUUGGGAGAGGGUGCAAAAAAUGUUCGUAAAAGAAAUGAUGAUGAUUGAUGGUAACUACGAAAAUAAGGAUCACAUUUACUGGAAUAUCUUUUCAGAAGUGGUUUGGAAUCUCUGUAUCACUGUUAGAGGAUGUAGCAUUGAGAUUUUUAAAGACAAAAUGACAAGUGCCAUGCAAAUAUGGGUCUUAUGCAAUUUGGGGUUAGCAUAUCACCAGACCAGCCUGCGCAUCCUGGAAUUCUUAUCAGGAGCUACAAUGUCCGCUACAAAGUCGUAAUGCAUGGUUUUGUGGUCUUGUAGCUGACAGAGUAGCUCCUGACCAUACUGCUUGGAUGAGCUGGCUUGUAUGAAGAUACGCUGAUCCCAUGUCUCAGGAACAUGUUACUGGAUGAGGUAAGAAAUGCUGGCUGCUGCUAAAAAACUGGAGGGAGAAGUACUUGACUCAAUUCUAUAUAAUUGCUACUUUACAUGAAUUAAGCAAAUCAGAGGUUGUUGUCAAUUUUAUGUGCCAAAUGAACUUGCCUUGUGUACAUGUACAUAAGUUUUGACAUUUGCAAUUGUACUUGCUUGUGAUUAAUUGGUACAUUUAUCAUAUUGUACAAGUACUUUUAGGGGAUUCUCUGUAUGAACAUAAAACAUAACAUAAAUUAUUAUUUUUAAAUAUGAUUCACAACAUAAUUUGUGUGCUUACAGGAAAACAAAGGCAUUAUUGUUCUUUGUUUCGAAUGUGUACAGUCUCAGUCUGAACUAUUCUGUAUUUUGAAAAUUAAAAUCAAAUGUAAGCCCAUUUGAUUUGUUGUUUGAUUAAAGUGGCAGAUUGUGAUGAGGUAAGUUUUGUAUAGGACGAUGUUUUAACAAAUUCAAUUUAAAACAGAAUGUUCACAUCAAAUAUGAGCCAUUCUUUGGGAAAAGGGGGCCUAAUGCAUAUGAGAAAAGUGUUGUCCCAGAUUAGCCCAUGUUAGGAGAAACAACUCUUAAUGCAUUAAAAGAAUUUUUCAGACUUCCUUUAAAUAAAAAAUUCCAUAUAAGGGGAAAGAGUCGUCUUGUAAAGUUGUAACGUUUACCUAUGCACAUUAAGCCAGAUUUUCCCAGAAUAAGGCUCACUUAUGGUCAUAAAAUUCCUUAAAUAAAGGAUAUGCAGACAGUUAAAAGGAAAUUAAUAACUGAAAUUUACUUAUGAGCUGUGUCAUGCGAUAAUUGGUCUUACGUCGUACCCAUCUGAUCAGUUUGGUAAGGAGCUUCCCUGUUCACUAAUGAGACCAGGAAAACCUUACAUGACUAGCAGACAGCAUAGCUCCCGGGUCCGGUUUAAUAAAAAACUACAAAACCCUAGUGGAGUCGCGCGACUGUGUGGUCGACCGACGCUCGUCGGCCGCCAACUGACCACUUGUCGUGUUCAAGGAGCAAGUUGCCGCGACUGAGGUCGCACGACGGUGUGGUCAGUCGACUGCAGUUGUGGUAGUUGCUAUUUUUAGGAAACGUACCACUUCCGCCAUCAACAUCCGCCGGUGAAAAUACACGCUAAAAAUGGAAGACGAAGACAGCAACAAUUCGAGUCAGUGCCAUUCAUGGUAUAAAAAAGACGGUCGUCCGCCGCCAACUGACCACUCGUCGCGUUCAAGGAGGAAGUUGCCGUGACUGUGGUGGCACAACGGUGUACAUGUCCAACGGAUUCAGUCUAUCUCUAAAAACUCGCUGUCUUUGAAAAUGUCUUCGCAUUCGUUGAACAAGUCGCAUGGAGGCCUCCAUGAUGAAUCUCGCACUUAUCAGCGUGCAUUUUGCACGGGUUUUGGGUGCAUACAAAGCGUCGAGCGACUAGCAGUCGUGGUGUGAGGGGUGGACUGCGGUCGCUCGACAGUAUGUCGAACAACAUGCGCUCGAAUGACGAUCGUCGCUCUCUAUUGAACCCAGUUAUCGUCGCACGACGAUUAUUCGCUGGUACAACCAUAGUCACCCGACCAUGGUCGCUCUCAUUAAACCGGACCCUGGACAGACUGUCUGGAUGCGCAGGCUGGUCUUGAACUAUGCGGGCCACAUAUGGCAUAAGACACAUUUUCACAUAGCGCGAGUCUAAUCAUAAAGAAUGAUGCUUUGGAAUAACUAUUUCUAAAGCAUUGAAUCAAAACCGAACUUUGUCUUACAUGUAUAACUUUUUAUUCAAUUGACUACAUAGCUGUUUACGUUGGUCUGAUCCAUUCUCAAAUAUAGAACAACGUCUAUCAAAGUAAAAUGAAUCUGAAUGACAAAUGUGACAAAUUUAUACACAUGUACACAAAAUAAUAAAAUGGUACCAUGCUUGACUAAAGAACAAAUUAAUUUGAUCCAUGCUCUGUGGACAGAUGGUUUAAUUCGUGUGUGUAAAGUGUUGUUCCAGAAUAGCCUGUGCAGUCUGCAUCAGCUCAUCAGGGAUGACACUUUUCACUUGUAUGUAAUUUUUUGUUUAAAGAAAAUCUCUUCUUAGCAAAUAUCCAGAAUAGGCUGAAAGAGUUGUCCCUGAGUUGCACAGGCUAAUCUGGGUUGACACUUUAAGCACAUGCAUUUAACCCCGUUUUCUCAGAGUGUGACUCAUUUAUUUACAAGUCAUGUAAUAUUUUAAUAUAUCAGUUUUGGUCCAGCAUUCUUUCUGCAAUGGGAUAAGCCGUACCUUUAAAUGUCCAGACUGACAGCCACCCUUAUUCUAGGACACCGAUACACUGUGUUGUUCAACUUUUUCCCCCAUAAGAAGAAAAGUGAAAAUGGCAUUUGCAACCAGCAUAAAACCAGAACAGCCUGCAAGUAACUCACAGUCUGUUCAGGUUUUAUGCUAUUUGCUGCUCAUCAGUAUCUAAGGGUUGGAAAUGAAGCCUUUAAAACUUGAAUCCAGUAAGAAAGGUAUUUAAUUUAGUGUCACUUUCUAUGACGCUUCAAAAGCGUCAAAAAAUGUAUCUACAUUUAAGUGGUAAAGGGUUAAGCAGUUUAUAACAUUCUGCUUUAGAAUUCACUGAUUUCACAAUUUAUUUUGUUGCAUUGCGUGUUCCUGUAUCGUCUUUGUUAGAGAUCAAUACUUGUGCCAUGUUUGGUUAAGUUGGAACUUAACUGUUUUAUGAUGACUGAUUAGCCAAGAAUGUGAAGAUGACAGAAAUUACC